AUGGAGCCGGCGGCGGCCGUGCCGGGCAACCUCUCCCGCGGCGGCGGCAACGAGAGCGGCGGGGCGGCGGCGGCGGCGGGGCCGGGGGCGGGCUGGUCGGCGGCGGCGCUGGCCUCGCAAGCGGCCGCGCUGCUGCUCAUCUUCGCCCUGUCGGCGCUGGGCAACGGGGCGGUGGUGCUGGUGAUCGCCCGGCACCGGCAGCUCCGCACGGUCACCAACGCCUUCGUGCUGUCGCUGUCGCUGUCGGAGCUGCUGGGCGCCCUGCUGUGCCUGCCGCUGGCCUUCCUCAGCCUGCUCAGCCGCCCGCCCGGCGCUUGGCUCUUCGGGCAGCGCCUGUGCCUGGCCAGCGCCGCCCUGCACGCCGGGCUGGGCAUCGCCGCCACGCUCACCAUGGCCCUGCUCUCCUUCGACCGCUACUGUGCCAUCGUGCGGCAGCCCCGGCACAAGAUGGGCCGGCGCCGCGCCGCGCAGCUGCUGGCCGCGGUCUGGCUGGCGGCGCUGGCGCUGGCCGGGCCCUGGUACGGGCUAGCGGGCGAGGCGCACGGCGAAGCCCGGCCCGGUGCCUACCGCUGUGUCUACGUGCUGCCCUGGGGCUCCUCGCGGCUCGGGCCGCCCUACGGCGCUGCCCUCAUCGUGCUGUGCUACCUGCUGCCCUUCGCCGUCAUGUGCUUCUGCCACUUCAACAUCUGCCGGGCGGUGCGGCUGGCCGAGAGCCGCGUCAGGCCGCUCACCACCUACGGGCACCUGCUGCGCGCCUACGGGGAGAUGCGCACGGCCACCACGGUGCUCAUCAUGAUCGUCUCCAUCAUCUGCUGCUGGGGGCCCUACUGCAUCCUGGGGCUGGCCGCCGCCGCCGGCCGCCUGCCCUUCUCGCCCACCAUGGACGCGGUGGCCAGCGGGAUGGCCUGGGCCAACGGCGCCAUCAACCCGCUCAUCUACGCCGCCCGGAACCCCAACAUCUCGGUGCUGCUGCGGCGCAGCCGGGAGGGUGGCUACAGGACUAGGAACAACAUGGUGGCCUACCUGUCGGUGCCGGGCCGCCAGCCGGAGCCGCGGAGCCGGGCCGAGCGCGUCCGGGAGCGCUACAUCAACCGGCACAGCGGCGCUCCGGGCAGCGCCCUGUCCUCCUCCAGCCCGGCCAGCGGCGGAGAGCUCGCCAUGUGGGCCUGCAAGACUCCCGCCGUGCUCUUCUGUCGGGAUGGGCAGCCCGACACCGUGUCGGAGGCCACCCUGAAGGCCAAAGCAGGCACCAUCGACACCAGCCUCUGAAGGGAUGGGAGCGGCACGGAGGCACCUGGCCCUGGGGCUGCCUCCCUGAGGAAGGGCCUGGUGCUUGGAGCCCUUUGCAGCCGGAUAACCAGGAAACUGCGAUGGGAUUGUGUUUCUCCUCCUCUGUGUGAGCUCUGGUUUGGUGACCCAAUCUCCAAGCAGCAAGAGCUGGGAAGGGAAAUGCUCCUUCCUUUUCAGCAUCCUGAUGACAUGGAGCUCAACUGCAAGAACAGGACAGUGUUGGCUCCAGACCUGCAGAAUGUGCCACUGUGAAGCUCCGAGGCUGACACACCAAAGCAUCCCAAACUGACUGAGUGACUGUGUGAGCUGUUUGCUAAGUGCCCAAAACGCGAUUGAAAGCUGAGCACUGGCAGCUGGAAGCCACUCUGAAAACACCACACUGUGAAAAACGCUUCAUGGCAGGAAAAUGUUGCUUUUACCCUGUUACAUGUGGAAGUGCCGAUAGUCAUCAAGUCACAGACUGUAGGACAGGCUGAAAAAGUGAUCUAUUUGUAUUAUUUUUUUUUAGUCUAAACUCUGAAGCAUACCAAGAAAAGUAAUUGUGAAGGGGAAGAUGUAUGAUAGUGGGAGGGAAGGAAAGGAAGGUAAUACCUCAGGUGUUGGAAUUUCAGCAGCCUUUUCUCUUAUUUUGCAGGUACAGUCAAAAUACAACGAAUAUGAGAAACAUGAGUUCCUCAGACAGACUGAAAAGUGUGUGGGUGUAAACUGUGGUGUGCACAAGAUGUAUGUUUUCUUUUUGAACUCAUCGAAGUGUCUCACAUCUCCAAGGUUUUUACCAUAAUUAGAGGAGCUGUGUGAGAAAAGUGUCUGAAAGGAGAGGUAAAGCAAUACCACGUGUUCCCUGUGUGCUCUGCAGCAUGUGAAAUUGUGUAUAUGCAUAGAAAAGAUAUUGUAUUGGUAGCAGCAAUCCAUUGGAAUACAAUAUUUCAAAACCAGCUGUUUGCUAUUGAAAAAAAAAAAAAAAGGAAAAUGACAUCAUGGAAGUGCGAUUGCACAGUAUAAAUUCAAAUGAAUUUAUCAGUGUAAUCUUUUUCUUCAAGGUCCCAAAGCCUUAAAUUAGUAUUUUGAAUCAGAAAUUGAGACUUGGCCUUUGUCUUUUCCAGAAUUAAGUGUGAGACAGUAUUUUUCCUUGUACAGGCUUUAAAACUACAGUGUUUUGGUUUUACCGGAUUUUUCAGCUGUUUGUGAUGCAGGUGAACAGAGUACCAUUAUUUUGUGAGAUGAGAAAUAAAUUGUCUUUUAUGCAGGA